AUGUCCAACGCCUCGGUUGAGAAUUCAACAUCGGACCUCCUCACGUUGAUUAUCACGACGUCGCCGACCCUCUCAGCUCCAUCUACCGAGCUGCUCUCUGCCGUCCUCACGUCGUUUCGCGCUCAUUGCGCUCCAUUGUUGAACUGCAGCGUCAUUGUCGUGUUCGACGCAUGCGAACAAAUUACUGCCCAUCCGCGGCUCAAGAAAGGCUACGUCACACCAAAGAGCGCCCAAGACUACGACGCCUACAAGAAGAACGUCAAACAUCUCUUCCUGCAGGAAUAUCUGCAGAGCACCUCCGAGCGGACAGAGCUGACAGAAUGUUGCGGCGAAGCUGAGUACGGCUCACCAUACAGCACGCCGGUUCUUUUCACCACCUCUUCCACAGCAGAUGGCCGCGUCACUUUCAUCGAGGCCGCGGGUCAGCGCCUGGGGUUUGGUUUGGCAGUUCGUACGGCACUCCGAGCAGUGGGAACUCCCUACGUCUGGGUACACCAACAUGACUGGGCUCUCAUCCACCAUGUCCCAAUCGCACAUCUCCUUGGCAUCAUGAGGGCCUCCGAGUUGGACCAUGACGAUGAGAAGCCCAUAAAAUACGUCUGGAGCUCCCCAACCGCCAUCCCGCUGACACCCAUGUUCUUUUGGCACGACAAGCCGCAUAUUGCCUCAACGGCGCAUUAUCUUCAGCGUGUUUUCCCCAGCAGGCUGGCCAUGAUGCGCGGGGCAUUCAUCGAGGACACGAUCGGGCAGAGAGCCAGGAGUCAGAUGAAGGAAGGGCAGUGGGCCAAAUGGGCAACCUGGCUUUACAACCCCCGAGAUGGCAAGCAAGUGUGCUUGAGACAUCUCCAUGGCAGGACGUGGAGAGGUGAGGAGGAGGAAACGAGGAUGAAGGGGGUACAUCGUGAGCGAAACUUGGCUGCGUUGCGCCAGUUGGCAGAUGCAGCAAACGGUAAUGCCGAUGCCAACACCAACUCUAGAUUCCUAGAAGACGACUCGGAUACAGAAAUUAGCCUAGACUUCUUACGAGAAGAGACGUGA